GAGCGAGAAAUGCUUGAUGCUCCUGAGAUCGGCUGUAUCCUGUUGACAUGUUACAAGGAAGCGUCCUUCCUGCUCCCAUCGCACAUUUUGUGUAGCUAAAAUACCUCUACGUCAACGCACACUGAUGCAAGGGUAGCAUAGCACCUUUCCACCCAAUCACCGCAGACAAAGGCACUAUCGACGCUAAGGACUGGCCAGACGCGGUCAGCGAACAUCAUGUUCGAGCUAAUGGAACUCCAUCGUCAGUCAUGGCGGGGAUAGCGUGUCUAGCUAUAGCGGCUCUGCUGCCGUUGUUUGCGACGCCACGCUGCUCACCAACGCGAGGGACUAUGCGCUCUCCCUCCCCAGGACUUAUCGACGCGUCGCUACUCUGUGCCGGGUGAGGCAAUGGCCCAGGACAGCUCGACGAUCGCCUCGCCGAAUGGCGAGCAGCGCUACCACGAUGCUAUGACGAAGGAGCAGGCGCUGCAGAUGAGCGCUGUCCGCACGCUGUCAGACUUCAAACGCGAAACGGUUCACGCCCAACUGGCCAACUCGAAGCUGCUUAGCUAUCUCGACCUCGACGAACGCCCUUCCUUCGCCAUACACGCCGGUACUACACCUACCUCAGACGGUCCCCUCGAAUUGGUGUACAGUAAUAAGGCACUCAAGAAUGGAGAAGGUCUGCAGGCCAGAAUUACAGGCGAGCAGACGGAUAGUGGCAUGUUCGUUGAAAGCGCUGCGCUGCAUAAUGCCUUCAAGAACUGGCUACUGGAUGUUAUAGAUGAAUGUGAUAUGUCACGGCGCGGCAAUGCAUAUCUCUUCGAGGGCCAUCUGUGGAUGGCGGUCACAAUGGAUCGCUACAAGGUUGUUAGUGGUGUGGCAGCUAACAUGCUGUGGUCUGAUCCUGGCAACACGAAGCUUUGCCCAGCACUGGAUCUCAAAGAGAGCGAAGAGCCUCAGUAUCCACCACUAAGAGCAGACCUACCGUCUGUCAGGAGUGCCGACGUCAAUACAGAGCUGAGACAAGAUUCAAUAGUUGGCCUGUAUCCAGAUCGCAGCAAACACGGGCCAUAUGAUUACACAUUCCAACCACCACCUAUGGCCACCAUAACAGAGCACAUCAAAUACUUCCGCGAUACAGACUGGUCGCAGACACCGCUCGGAGACAUGUCAUCGUGGAGUUCCGAGUUGCGUUGUGUGAUAAACAUGACGCUCAACGACACCUAUCCCGCCAUCUUGUUCUGGGGCGAGGCAGCUAUCAUGAUCUACAACGAAGCCUAUGUCCAGCUUCUCGGCGUUCUGCAUCCCUGCAUGGGGAAAAGCGCUCGCACCCAUGCAAGCAACUACUGGCCUACGUUCGUCCCUCUCAUCGAACACAUCAACGCAACGGGCACUUCUUUUCGAGAACACGAUGUGCCGCUGUUCAUCGAUAGGCAUGGGUUUCUGGAGGAGACAUAUUGGUCUUUUCAAUUCACACCUGUCCUUGAUAAAGACGGUCAUAUCACCAGCUACUACCAUCACCUUUUUGAGACCACAAAACACCACCUACUUGAGCGUCGCGUGUCUAGCCUAGUGGAGCUCGGCAGCGUGACAGCACAUGCUCGUUCGUUUCAGUCUUUCUGGGAUCUGGCUCUGCAGACUUUGGCUAUCAACGGCAAAGACGUACCUUUUGCCCUCUUGUAUUCGACAGGGCACAUGUCUGGCUCUGACAUCAGCACUAUCUCGUCUCCUGGCACCAGUGCCAGUAGGAAUCUAGGAGCCUGUGAGCUCAGAGGUUGUAUAGGUGUCGAGACCGGUCAUCCGCUUGCACCGCCCACGAUCAACUUUCAGGACAACUCCUUUGUGCUACACUCAUACCUACUGGAGGCCGUCAGACUCGGAAAAGCCACGAUUGUUCAUUUGGCUGAUCUGAACCUACCCGAUUCUGUACUUGCCGACAUUCAGUGGAAAGGUUACGGCGACGCGUGCCGGUCUUUGGUCAUUUGUCCCAUUAUUCCCACCACGUGUGACAACGCGCAGGUGGAAGGUUUCGUGAUACUCGGUAUCAACCCCAGGCGGCCUUUCGACAGUAAUUACCAGAAGUUCGUACAUGUGAUGUUACGUUUAUUAGCUACAAGUCUGGCAAGCGUGGCACUGUUCGACUCCGAAGUCAGUCAAAAGGAGAAGGCCAUCGAGAACGCAGCCAAUUUACAGCAGCAGCUGCUCAACGAGAUUGAAGCGAAAGAGAAGAAAUUCCAGUCUUUUGCGGAGAGGUGUGACGUAGCUAUAUUCAUCAUGGACGCCAUGGGCAGGUAUACGUACAGGAACAGACGAUGGUAUGAAUUGUUUGAGGUUGCAGCUGAUGCUGAAGACGCAAUGCAAGCUUGGCUCAACAUUGUCUUCCCAGAAGACCUUCCAAAAUGUGAGGGGGUGUUUGGAAAAUUAAUAAUGGAGAAGGUACCUGUCAUAUUCGAGCUCAGAACCAAGAUGCUGUGGUCGCCGCCUCCGGAGCUUGAGCAGCCCGACUGCGGAGGCUCGCAGUAUCAUAAAUGGAUUCUCUGUUCCGCCUACCCUGAACUGGGUCCUAACGACGAACUACUCCAAGUAGUUGGCAGCGUGACCGACAUUUCGAAGCAGAAAUGGGCCGAGGGCAUUCAGAGGAAACGCACCGACAGUGCGCUCGAAAGUAAAAAGCACCUGGAGCACUUCAUCGAUACGACUUCUCAUGAGAUGCGUAAUCCACUUUCUGCUAUCAUGCAAUGUGCUGAUGGUAUCCUUUCUUCCUACUCUUUCAGCGACGGCAACGUACCAAGCCCUAGGACGUAUUUCGACUUACUUGACCAGACAUUGGAUGCAGCACAGACAAUUGCGCAGUGCGCUCAGCACAUGCGGCAUAUCGUUGAUGAUAUAUUGACGAUCUCCAAACUCGACUCUGGCUUACUCGUAAUCACACCGGUCGAUACUCAGCCGGAAAGUAUAGUCAAACACGCUGUCAAGAUGUUUGAUUCGGAGGCAAAAGCUGCGGACGUGGAUCUUGUCUUCGUGGUCGAUCAGUCUUAUCGCGACCUAGAGAUAGAGUGGAUGUCGUUGGACCCAACUCGAGUUCUACAAAUUCUCAUCAAUCUUCUCACCAACGCGAUCAAAUUCACACGUCUGGAAACUCAAAAGCGGCAAAUCACGAUCACCCUCGCGGCCAGCGUAUCGGAGCCAGUAUCUACUCCUGGAGGCAUUCAGUUCAUUCAUACCAAGCUUGUAUCAGACAACCAUCACUUGGAGCAAGACUGGCAGCAGGGCACUACCCAGUUCGUCCAAUUUUCUGUCAGUGACACAGGUCGUGGAUUAACGCAAGAGCAAACAACUUCGCUUUUCAAGCGCUUCUCUCAAGCCUCUCCCCGCACACACGUACAUUACGGUGGUUCCGGUCUGGGCUUAUUCAUAUCAAGACGACUCACCGAGCUCCAGGGAGGCUCCAUCGGUCUUCAAAGCGAGUACAAGAAAGGCAGUACGUUUUCUUUCUACAUCAAGGCUCGGCGUGUCAAACCAGCUAUGAUCAGAAAAGGAAGCAUGCCGGACGUGUUCCCAGAAGACAUCAGACAUCGCAGCCAGAAGUCAUCACUGAGCCUCCCACAUGAUCCACCGCACAUCAUUCUCGAAGUCUCGCAAGAGGCUAGCCAAUCCUGGCACCACACACAAACUACACCAGGGUAUCUUCCUGCUCAUGACCCGCCAACACCAGUAGAAGCGGGGCCACCGCGUCCAGCUACGGCUCCUGCUACCACAUCGACAGCGGAUGGCCUCGGUCUCCCGCCGCCCCUUGAUCUUGCCGAAUUGAAGCGCACCAAGAGCAUCCCCGAUACACUGCAUGUCCUCGUCGUCGAAGACAAUCUCGUCAACCAGAAGGUGCUAGCCAAGCAACUACGCAAUCUUGGUUGCAUAGUCUCGGUGGCCAACCACGGACGAGAGUCUCUGGACUUCCUGCCCAAAACUACCCGCUGGAACCACGACGUCUACCACGCGCGCUCCAAGUCGCGCCGCCCCUCCAUUCACAUCCCUUCUCUUGGUGAUGCCUUGACUCUGCUCAGCGUGGGCGAUAGCAUAGACCCGCCCGUCGAGCUGUCUCUGAUUCUUAUGGAUUGGGAAAUGCCCAUCAUGAAUGGUCUCACUGCUGUCACCAAGAUCAGGGAAUUGGAGCAAGACGGUCUACUGAACGGGCGUGUGCCGGUAAUUGGCGUUACGGCCAAUGUCAGACCGCAGCAGAUCGAGACAGCGAUACAGGCUGGCAUGGACGAUGUUGUAGGGAAGCCAUUUAGGGUUGCAGAGUUGUUGGCGAGGAUGAGAGGAAUCGUCAAGGGGGUCGGGGAAACUGGAGUUCCGGACAUCAUGUUUCUCGAUAUCGAAUGCGGUGGUUUCAAUCUACCGGAUUCAAUGAAACCAGGGUAUCCGCGGAGAGUACUAGUCGGAGAGUCACGAUCAAGACGUGUAUUUCAUAUAAGUACAGUGGGUCCAGAAGUCGGGGUAUGGGGAGCCAAGACUACCAGGUUGUAUUCGAACGUUGCCAAGCUCCCGACUUGGCCGUCCCCAAUCAUCCUGCCAUCAAUCACCAACGAGGCUGUGAUUUUCGGGCCGUUCCUUUUCUGGAUCAUUUCGGCAGCCAUGGGCCAUAUUUUUCCGCUUCGGACAAAUGAUUGUGUGCUUGACGCUGAGGCAGCAGAACAGCGUACAAAAGGCCGCAUCCGCAGCGCAAGCAGCUCUUUGUUCAGCCGUCCUUACCGCAAGUUCAGUCCCCUCAAGAUGAAGUACACUCUCCUCUACGCGACCGGGGCAACCGCAGCAGCGGUCGCAAACCCCACAUACCUGGCCUGGACCGCCGACUCCCAGAUCCGCCAUGGCGUGCGCAAAACAUUCGGCUACACCCAAGCCACUCUGUACGAAGGCAUCGAAGCCUCCAUCGCCCUGACCAAGAACCAAACGCUCGUAGACUGGUACCGCAGCCAGAUCGACGACGUCGUAGUCCGAACCGACGGCUCCAUCCCCAACUGGAACCUCACUCACUACUCCCUCGACGACUACCGAAUCGGCAACAACCUGCUAUGGUGGUACGACCGCACCGGCGACGCCAAAUACAAAACCGCCGCCCAGACAAUCCGCAACCAACUCAACCGCCACCCCCAGAACAAAGAGGGCGGCUUCUGGCACCGCAGCCCCAUCUACAAGGACCAGAUGUGGCUCGACGGCAUCUUCAUGGCCGACACCUUCUACGCCACGUGGACGAAGAAAUUCGACAACGGCAACGCCACCGCCUGGAACCACAUCGUCAAGCAAUUCGACCUGAUCGAGAAGUACACGCGCAACGCGACCACGGGCUUGCUCGUCCACGGCUACGACGAGAGCAAGGCGCGCGUCUGGGCCGACCCGGUCACGGGCGCCGCGCCCAACGUGUGGAGCCGCGCCGUGGGCUGGUACUUCAUGAGCCUGCUGGAAGUGAUCCCGCAGCUGCCGGCGGCGCACCCGGGCAAAGCGCGGCUGACGGGCUACUUCACUACCCUCGCGGCUGCGCUCAAGAAGACCCAGGACAAGGAUGGCGGGUGGUGGCUCAUCAUGAACGAACCGUAUCCGGGCAAGAAGGGGAACUACAUCGAGAGCUCUGCGUCGGCGAUGUUCACGUUCGGGUUGCUGAAGGGGAUUCGCGAGGGGUUGCUCAAGGAGAGCGAUUACUUUGCUGGCGCGAAGAAGGGGUAUGAGUUGCUCACGAAGAAGUUUAUUACUAAGAGGGCGGAUGGGACGCUCGAUUGGCAGGGCACGGUCGAGGUGGGGAGUCUGAACAGCAAUGGUACUUUCGAGUACUAUAUUAGCGUGCCGCUUGCGGUGAACGAUUUGAAGGGCGUGGGGCCGUUUAUGUUGGCGAGCUACGAGAUCGAGACGUGGAAAUAGAUGGGGAUGAGAGGGCCCGUCAAGACGGAUCGGAGAUUGCGCGGAUCGCGAUAUCAAACACUACUGUGAAUGCAUAUGAUCGCUGCCACUCUCACGUGUGUGCAACGAAUAGUGUCCAGCAUUCCAUACCGGCAUGCAUCAAUGCAAGACUCAAAUUCAA